AUGGAAAGCGAUAACCGCUUAUCAGAGGUCGCCGCGUCCCACCGACGUUCUUCCCGGCUACGAAACGCGCACGUCCAUCAUAAAAGCGGCAAGGCCGCCUCUGAUACCAACAAACAGGCGACAUUUGCUACUCCAAAAGUAGAUCGUUGCCGGGAAAGCAAGUUUCAGAAUGGAAGGAUCAUCCGAGGACUAGAGGAUGGUGACGAGCAUGCGUCUAUUGACCGAACUGCAUGUUCGGCGGAUGUAUGUGAGGAAAGCCUCGCAGCAGGACAGAAGCGGAAGCGGAGAGGGAGGACAACUGAAUCUUCUCGGACGGGUACGGCGCUGAGACGGCCGCAGACGAUGUGCACCAAAGUCCAGAAAGAUCGCGGGUGCAGUGGCACAAUUGACAGCUUGUCGAAAGGCAGAGCUCAGACUCCUCUCCACAAUGUAGCCCUGGAAUCGCAUACUCAAGGGGGCACGGUGCGGUCAGAGAGUCAAGUUAUGAACGACAGUGACGACGAUGCAGACUUGGUGAUGGACCCAAGUGACGUCCUCUGGAGCUCUCCGUCGAAGAAGACUAAAAACCGGGCUACUUGUAAAGCAAAGCGAACGAGCAAGCCUGCGGUAAAGGGAGGAAAGCGAGAUUAUCACGCAGGGAGCUCCUCGGUAGCGGAAAGUAAUGUAAAUGGUUGCGCUGGAUCAGACAGCGAUAUAGAUCGAGGAGAUGCGAGCCUGCGAAUACCUGGAGAGGCUGUGCUGGCGUUCUUUGCCGAAGACCGACGAUAUUAUCCCGCCCAAAUUAAGAGUUAUAAUCCUACUACGGCCAAGUAUAAAGUCUCGUUCGCUCAAGGCUAUACCAGAUCUUUGCCAAGAAACAAGUUCCAUACUCAAUUUGAGAAGGCAUUCAAGAUGGUUGAGGUCGGCGAUAUACGGGGUUAUUAUUAUCAUUCAAACGAGUCACCGCGUCGCCAUGAAAAUAACUCUCCGUUCGCGUGCGAACUAGACGCCGUGCUGCCCGCCAUUGGGCUGUUGGUUUCUGGUCCUGUGGAUCAAUGCCGUAGAGCUGACGCAUUCUUCAAUGGAAAAGUGAAGCAAUUAGAGCACAAUCUCUCAUAUGGACCAUUUGAGAAAGAUCAGAUUGAUAUGGUGGUACGCGUGGUGAAGGAGAGAUUUUUUGCAAGUCUUUUUGCAAAAGGGGGAACCUCGGCGGAAGACGAAGGGGAUGAGUUGGACAACAAGGGCUCGAUGGGGAACCGGGACCCAAGAGAUAUUCUAGAAAGGGAAAGUGCGAAGACUUCCGCAUCUGAGGAGCAAACCCACGUUGGGCGACUACCUUCUCCUCCACCAUCUCAGUCACGACAUAUUCCCCCUGCCACAGCGGAACCAGAAAGCAGCGCCAUAGAGCCAAAUGCAUCCAGUUCGUCCCAUGGGAUCAAGCAUGACAAACCAGCAGAGGUGAAGAGAGACAUUUCUCACAGCGAAGAUCAAAUAACCUGCAUUUCAGAAUCCGGUUCAUCAUCGUCUCUUGCACUUCUCUCCACACCGUUAAAAGCCGACAAAUUUACCCGCCUGGUUCUCCUUCCUGAAGCUUUGGUUCGAAUUAUCAUGGCACGAAAUAACCAAACCUACCAGGAAGCGGAAAAAGAGUUACGAAUAUCUGUUACACGGAACCGCUUGAAUUGGGUGGAAGAGGUAAUGACUGCUUUGCAUUGCGUAGUAAUGGGAGAAGUGGUCGGUAAAGGUAGAAGAAGGUUGGAAUGUGACUAA